AUGGGCACGUCCUGGUAUCUUUGCGGAGAUGUUCUGUUCAUUGUGACGCCUGGUCAUUCAAAAUUUCGAGUCGUCGGUAUUCCACAACUCAUUAGACUCCGCUUGAAGCCCCCAUUUAGAUAUCGCGUUGAGAAUGGUUACGCUCACGAUGCUACAGUGAUAUAUGGUGAUACGGAUUCCGUGUUCGUGAAGUUCGGCUGUGACACGGUGGAAGAGGCCAUGAAACUGGGACAGGAGGCAGCAGCCUUCGUCUCGACUACCUUCAUCGAUCCUAUCAAGCUUGAGUUUGAGAAGGUCUACUUCCCGUACUUGCUGAUGAACAAGAAACGCUACGCUGGGCUGUAUUGGACUAAUCCCGUGAAGGCAGACAAGCUUGACGCUAAAGGUAUCGAAACUGUGAGAAGAGAUAACUGUGAGUUGGUGAAAGUGGUGGUAGAGAACACACUGAACAUCAUCUUGAAAGAAAGCUCCUUGGAUCGUGCUAUUGCAUUCAUUCGGAAAACCUUGUCGGAACUCCUACAGAAUAAGGUUGAUAUGUCAAUGCUUGUCAUUUCGAAGUCCUUGGCAAAGGGCAUGGAAGACGGGGCCUACGCAGCGAAGCAAGCCCAUGUGGAGCUGGCCAAACGAAUGGCUCAGCGAGAUCCUGGCAACGCCCCUGCUAUUGGGGACCGAAUUCAAUAUGUCAUCAUAAGAGCACCGAAGGGAGUAGCACAGUACGAGAAGGCAGAAGACCCUCUAUACGCAGUCGAAAAUAACAUACCUAUAGAUGGGCAACAUUAUAUAGACCAUCAGCUGAAGCAGCCCUUGAUGAGGAUAUUCGAGAACAUUCUUCCCAAUGCAGAAGCUGUCCUCUUUACCGGUGAACACAUGCGAAAGGUGUUCCAAUCGGGAGCCUCGGCCACUGGUGGUCUCUCUAUGUUCCUCAAGAAAACCCACAAAUGUCUGUCGUGUAAGGCUGUCCUGAAGGAUGGUCACGGUGGUGCCUUGUGCCAGCAUUGCAAGAACGUGAAGGAGGGACAGGUCGUUAUUGAGAAGACCAACGAGCUGCGAGCCUUGGAGGUGCAAUUCUCGCGUUUGUGGAGCGAAUGUCAACGAUGUCAAGGGAGUGUAGAACAAGACGUUAUAUGUACAUCGAGAGACUGUCCAGUAUUCUACCGCCGUGCUAAGGUACGAAAAGACGCCGCGAGGGCUGCUGAUGCCGUGAGUCGUCUGAGAGAAGCGGUAGAUUGGUAG